AUGGAUUUCGCCCAACCUACAUCAAUGGAGAAGACAACAGCAACUGAUCCUCCACCGCAGGAAAUCCCAAGUCACGCACCCGAUGAAGGGGGAUCACUAUCUCGCCCUCCGGCGAGCACCUGGACAAUUGUAUCUCUCACUAUAGCCCUCUGUCUAGGGAUCUUUUGCAUGUCGUUGGAUGUCACAAUCAUCACGACCGCUAUUCCUCGUAUCACCGAUCAGUUUGACUCAAUAGGCGACAUCGUCGGUUCGCUUGUCUGUGGAGUUACUCCUACCUCUGUUAGUCUGAUCCUGGGUCGAUGCAUCGCUGGUCUAGGUGCUGGAGGUCUCUUCUCCGGGAGUCUCUUGAUCAUUGCUCAGACUGUUCCUUUGCAUCGUCGCCCAGUCUUCACGGCCUUGCUUGGUAGUAUGUAUGGUAUUGCCAGCGUCGCUGGUCCUCCAUUGGGAGGCGCAUUGACAGACCGCGUGUCCUGGCGUUGGUGCUUCUACAUCAACUUGCCUAUCGGUGCUGUCACAGCUGUAUUUGUCCUAUUUUUCUUCCACGCCCCUGAGUCAGUCAGAAGGCGCCCAGAGUUACGCAAACUGCUGAGUGAGCUAGAUCCGAUCGGUUCGUUCUUUUUCCUACCUGCCAUCGUCUGCCUUCUUUUGGCACUCCAGUGGGGUGGCACCCAAUACUCUUGGAAUAACCCUCGGAUCAUCGUUCUUUUCGUGCUCGCCGGUGUUCUCCUGUUCGCCUUCCUCGGUGUUCAGAUCUACCAGAAUGAGAAGGCUACACUUCCACCACGUAUCGUCCGGAAUCGAAACAUCUGGUCAUCAGCCUGGUUUGCCAUCACCCUUAAUGGUGCUUACUUUGUCUUCAUUUACUACCUUCCUAUUUGGUUCCAGGCAAUCAAGGGCGCAUCGGCCACCAAAUCAGGCGUAAUGAACCUGCCGACUAUCAUCGCCGUUGUUGUCGUCUCCAUUCUAUCCGGCCUCGUCACCAUAUCCGGCUACUACAACCCUGUGAUGAUUAUGUCCUCUGUCAUAUUAGCAAUUGGCGCCGGUCUACUAAGUACCCUGAAGACAGACUCGGGGAGUGGCGAAUGGGUCGGCUACCAGAUUCUAAUGGGACUCGGUGUCGGUCUCGGAAUGCAACAGCCGUAUAUAGUGGUGCAGAAUGUGCUACCUGAUGGUGACAUCCCCACUGGUACAGCUGUGAUAACGUUUGCCCAGACCCUGGGAGGUGCAAUCUUUAUUUCCGUGGGUCAAAAUAUAUUCCAGAACCAGUUCGUUCACGCCAUGCGCUUGGAAGAUCCCUCGGUGAAUGUAGGCGCAGUUCUAUCGGCUGGCAUGACGACCUUGCGGAAGCAUCUUCCAGCUGAACAGCUCCCAGUCGUUCUAAGAUCCUACAACUCCGCCAUUACCGAGGCCUUCUAUGUGGGCAUGGCUUUGGCAGCACUUUCGUUCUUUGGAACAGUCGCGUUGGAUUGGAAGUCUGUCAAGAAGCCGAGGAACGCUCCACCCGACGAUGACUGA